GCUGCUCUCACAAUCGAGGAGGAAGUGGCCGAGUUGGGAGGAGGGCGGGACUGAGGGAACUGAGCGCUGUAAGGAAGGCGCGAGUGAGGAGGGCGCUGUGAUGCCAAGACGCACAGCGGGGGGAAAGGACUACACAGGCUCGCGGAGGACGGAGGUGAUAAAAGCGACUGUAUUUCAACGGCCUGGCCUGGUGCUGAGGCGCAGCCGUGAGAUGGCCUGGCGCUAUCUAAUUUCUGGUUGCCUCUUCUGGUCAGUACAUGGCAUUGUACCGGAGCCACAAAAUGUAGUCAUUCAGUCGGUCACUUUUAACAGCACUCUCCAGUGGGAUCCACUUACUUUUCCUACAGUAAACGUGACUUACACAGUACAAUAUAAACAACAUUCCGGUGGAUUCACUGAUUUGUGCACAAGAAUUGUUUUCACGGAGUGCAGUAUGUCACAUUUACCUCUAUAUGGUAAUUAUAUUUUAAGAGUUAGAGCUGAAUCUGAGAAGGAACAGUCAAAUUGGAAAAACAUCACCUUCACACCAAUGGAUACAACCAUUGGACCCCCCGAUGUUCAUGUUGAACCAAGAUCUAGGGCUUUGUAUGUAGAAGUCAAAGGUCCCUUUCUUCAACGUAAUAGUGCUACUUUAUCCAUAGAGGAGUUAUAUGGUACUGUGAUUUACAACAUGCAGAUCUUGAAGAAGGACUAUACUGAACAGAUGAAAAUUGUGAAUAUAAUGUAUGAUUCAGAAAUACGGUCUGACCUGGAUCCCUGGACAACAUACUGCAUUCAGGUUCAAGUAUUUCUUCCUAAAUCAAAUAAAACAGGGGAGUGGAGCAAAAUGUGCUGUACUGCAACAACUGGCAAUGGUAUAAGUCCACUGCAGCUGACAGUUGGUCUACUAUCAGGGUUGAUAGUGUUUAUUCUCUGCUGCUGGAUGUUUUUAUAUGUUUACCAGCGGGUGAAAUAUGUCUUCCAUCCUUCAUAUUCUUUGCCACAGCAUUUCAAAGAGUUUUGGCCAACAUGGACCUCUUUCAGCAGUUAAAUUGCAAGUAUUGAUAAUGGCAACCACAACAAAAUGGGUUAUAUAUAAUGAGGCUACAUACUUCACUUUGCUGGCAAUUUUUCUGAAGAUUGUGGACAAUCUGGCAUUAAUUUGCUUACAACUAAAUUUGAUAGAAGAGCUCAGAUUUUAGACCUUUUAGGAUGAAAAUUUUGCCAUGUAUAUGGCCAUGAAACAUCAGAUCUCUAUUUACUAAAUGAGCCAAACUAAGUUCUAACUAGGUACACUUUCUCUUCCCAUCUUGUGAUUGAAGUAAUGCCUCGAGCUUGCUAUGACUGUUCUCACUGAUCAUAAGAUUACCUACUAUAUAGAGCAGUCCUAAUCAGAGUGACACCCUUCUAAGAUCAUUGAAGUCAGUGGUCUUAGAAGGACUUCACUCUGCUUAGGAUGGCACUAUUAGACCUUAACAGUAUUGAUUUCACUUCCUGUUUAACUUUUUAGAUGUUUCACCAGAGGGGAAGUUCCGUUCCACUUACUGUAAUGUAUUUUGACAUGUUACAACAGCUUUAUACUGGCAUUCCAGUCACCUAGGAUUAUCAGCAUAUCUUGUUUAGGUGUAUGAUCAAUUUCUUCUUGGACACUUGCGUAAAAAUCUUCAAUUUCUUCCUCAUAAUCUGUAGUUGGAGCAUAAACUUUUUUUUAAUUUAAAAUUUUUAUUAUUAACAAUUUAUAAUUUACAGAGCAUUGUGAAACAUUACUAAAUUUCAGUCAGUUCUUAAUACAAUUAUGUCCUUAUCUAUGCAAAUAGUUAUUAAACUACAUUUAAACAUAAAAAUACAUGGUGUGUCUAUAUAACAAUUAUAAUCUCAACUUUUUUUUUACAAAAUAUAUUUACCAUAAUCCCCACAUUUCCAUAUCCAUGACUUCUUGAUAUGGUAAUUUCGUUAGUAACAAAUCAUUUUGAGAUAAAAAGUCUUAAGAAAGGUUCCCAUUUAGCAUAAAAAUUAGAGGUACCUGCAGGGUUGGUUUGUAAAUACAACUUUUCAGUUAUUUUUUCCAUUAGGAGGAGAUCCCAAAUUUUAUUGCACCAUGUGUUAAUUGUAGGUAUUGUUUUUGAUUUCCAGUAUAGUGCUAGUGAGGUUUUGGCUGCAAAAAAGAAUGUUGUUAUUAGAUUCUUUCUAAUAGAUGGUAUGUUUUGCUCUUUCCAAAUAUUGAGGAAAAUAAUUUCUGGGUUUAGAGGUAUCUUACAUGAUGUUAUUAGCUCUAUCUGGCUUAAAAUUUUGUUCCAGUUCUCUGUUACAUAUUGGCAUUUCCACCAGCAGUGUGUAUAAUCGCCCACUUUCCCCACACUGUUUCCAGCAUAAAGGUGGUUUCCUAAAAUAUAUUUUGGAUCAUUUAUGUGGGAUCAAAUACCAAAAGUUAAUAAUUUUGUAUGAUUGAAGAUUAUUAUUAAUGACUUGUGAGCUAAACAGUUUUGAAGUCCAAACUUGUUCCCAUUCCUUAUCUGAGAUAUCAGUCUUGUUGCCAUUUUUGGCGAACAGCAAAGCUUGAUAUUUCUGUAUUAUUUAUUAAUAAGCCAUACAUUUUAGAAACUAAGCCUUUAUGAGUGAAUUCUUGAGUUUCUAUUAUUUGUUCAAACUCUGUCCUUGGUUUGUUCGUUAUUUCCUUCAGUUUUGUAUCCUUUGCAAAAUAAAUCAAUUGAAAAUAUAGAAACCAGGGUAUUUUUUGUCCUAUUUCUUCUAGUUUAUUUUUUUCCAAUAGUCCUGCUUUGGAUACUAUGUCUACUAAUCGGGUAUUUUUAAAUUGUUCUAUAUCUCCUAAAUUAGUUAUUACAUGUCCUAGUGAUGGGCCUUUUUGUGAAGUGAUAGUUGAAAAGCGAGAGAUUUUUGGUAUUAGUUUAUUUUUAUAUUUAGCCCAUAUUUUUAAGAUCGCUGUCAAGAAUGGGUUAUGUUUAAUUUCUGUGGGUCUGUGUUUUGGAGUCAUCCAAAUUAAAUCUUGUGUUGUGGUAGUAUAUUGUUGAAUAUUUAAGGCUUUAAUCCAGUCAGUUUGUUCUUUGUCUUGCACUAUACAGUAUGUGUUACAUUAAUUAUCCUAGCAGCUGCGUUGUAUAGUUCUAAAUCAGGGUAACUAUAUCUACCUUGUGAUUUCUUUUUUAAAAUUAUUUUAAAGGCUAUUCUUGGGUGUUUAUGUUGCCAUAGAAAUUGGUUUAAUAUUGCCUGACAUUGUUUUAAUAAUUUGAUGGGAAUAAGUAUAGGGAGUGAUCUAAAUAGGAAUAAUAACUUGGGCAGUAUAAAGGAUUUUAUCAAAUUGUAUCUUUCAUGCCAUGAGAGCUUGUCCCAUUUACAUAUGUCCACAUGGUGGACAUGUGAAGUAGCUAAACAGUACUGGGGAGAAAUAAUUGAAGUAAUAAAUGAGAUUUUAUAAAUACAAAUAAAUAAGAACCCAGAAUUGUUGCUACUGAACUUGGGAAUGGAGGCAGUUCCAAUGCAGCACAGAACAUUGUUAUUUUACAUGACAGCAGCGGCAAGACUUUUGUAUGCGCAGAAAUGGAAGACACAAGAAAUACCGACUGUAGAAGACUGGAUUUACAAAUUGCUGUACAUGACAGAAAUGGACAAAAUGACAAGGAAACUCAAAGAUCUUGACCUAGGACAAUAUAUUGUUGACUGGGGGAAACUGAAACAAUUUUUGGAAAAAAAGUGGGAUGUAAAAGGAGAACUGUGGCAGUUUGAAAAUUUUUAAAGAACAAUGUUGCAAUGAGAAGAGAAUUCUUACCAUUUAGGGGGAAUGUAAUUAUAAUCUAAGCUAAUAUAAUAUUUAAGGGGAUUUUACAUUGAGUAUAUGGGAUAACGAGAAGGGGUAAACAGAUAUCUCAAUGAGGUAUACUAUAUAUGAUAUAUAACAUAAAAUAACGGGUUAGUGGAUCAGAUUCUACAUUAUAACAUAAUAUGUGGUUGUGCUAUGUGGUGUUGUGUGCUGUGCUACAUUGGUGGCAUAGCAUACAACAUAUAUAAUAUAUUAUUGUGAUAUAUACUAUAUUGAUAGUGUAUUUGAUGGAGUAUAUGCUUAAAAGAAAAGAAAUAGAAUAAGUUUAAAGUAAGAGAUAGGGCGAUCCCUACUAUAUAUUAUAUUAUAUUGGUAUGUUAUAUUGAUAUGAGAUAUACUAUAUUGAUAGUAGGUUUGAUAGAGGCUAUGUAAAAGAAUAAGAAUGUGCUAUAUAUCAUAUUAUAUUGGUAUGCUAUAUUGAUAUGAGAUAUACUAUAUUGAUAGUAGGUUUGAUAGAGGUUAUGUAAAAAAUAAGAAUGUGCUUAGAAUAAGAGAGAUUAUGAUUUAAAGUUGGUAGGAAAAUAUAAAUGAAAUAGAUUUAAGUAAUAAGAAGGGUUAAGGAUUGGAAAGCUGU